AUGAGCUCCAACCUAUCGGUGCCGGAGCAGAUCCGCCAGCUUAAUGACGCGCGAAAGCUCGUUCUGGGGGAUGUAAAGUACUAUCCGAAUGUGGUGAGAGGUCUUCUUCCGAUCAUUGGACCCAAUGCGCAGGUUGAAUUGCGACGAUGGGGAGCGGAAUUCCUGGCCGAGGCUUUUUCAACGCCCGCACUCCCCAACGGCGAGAAGGAAACGAUGCAGCUCUAUGUUCUGGCGACGGUGGAAUCCUUGUUGCAGAAUGAGAGAGAGGACCCGCAAGUGCUGCGGAGUGUUAUUCUGACGGCGGCGAGUAUUUAUCCGCUGGCUUUGCGAUGGAUGAUUAGCUGCAUUAAGUUCGCCCAGAGGGUGGUUCUUGCGCAGACCGUCUCAACGGGGGCGGAAUUUAGACACGCCGGUACUCUCGAUAUCUCACUAGACAAGGUUCCGCCUAACCAUCAGUCACUCGAUCCUAGAAACCUCGAGGCUGAGGCGUCAGGACUUUUGGAUCGUAUGCUUGUCGUUUUGCAAGAGAGCACUGAUGCUCUUCUUGUCGAUGCGACACUAAAUAGUCUGUCAAUCCUUGUACGGACCAGACCCGCGACGUCAAGCCGAAUUCUAAACGCAUUACUUAGCUUCAACCCUCUUCAAUUAGCAAACUCGCCCCUGACACCGAAGAGUAAAGUCAUGAUCAAGUCCAUGGAGAAAACUGCGAGAUUACUACUCCUUCAUCUUACUAAACGAGAUCCUCAUAAUCCAAUGGUACCAAGAAUCCAUCAGCAUAUUGAACGCAUGAUGCAUAUGGUGAUGGAGGUUCUGGACGACUCCGGCAGGAAGCGACCACGGGAAGCACAGCAACACGAUGGUUAUGAUGCCAAACGUCAGCGAGUGGCUGAGUCAUAUAUACCACAAAUUCCGCCCCUUGGCUCUGGGCCUCACAGCUUGGCCGAUAUGUUUACCCUUGUUGGCCACGAUGGUUUGAAGUCAUUUGACCUGUCACAAGUCCCAGCCGCCAUGAUAGCCAAGGUCACAGUCACAGCAUUAUCACGUAUAGACUCUCAAUUACUGUCAAAGGCUGUUGACGGAGUGCGUGGACGACUCACUACGUUGGCUAAUGCGCCUGCUCCGGAAUUGAAUCCUAAUACUGCACCGCUUGGCGUUGACGAGGACGACGAUGACUACGAACCCGAUUUCUAUCAAGCAGAAGAUACCGAGCAAAUUUUGAACAAGCUAGAUGGAGCAUCGGCGCCCCUUCCUGCUGAACUCACGGCUCUGGACAGUUCAUUGGCUCUGGCAUCAUUCAGCUUACCUCAGCCUGCUCAACUUACACCCGAAAUGGCACUUAGCGCUGGAAGUGGAACAGUAGCAAAGGUGGUCGAUAUGAUGAAAUCACUGGAGGAACCCGCGGCCAAGAAGCAUAAGGCUGGAUUUAUCCGUCUGGCAGCAAGCUCGGGAAGCAAGGACGCCUGGAUGACAAUACUGACCCGACUCGCCACGCGGGCGUCCACUGGAUUAGAGGAAAUUUCCGUAAAAGGCGAAGAAGACGAAUCGUCGCGGCAACCGUCUCUUGGCAACAAUAUUCGCGAAGUUAUAUACAACUAUGUUAUGGAGGACUUCCGAAAACAUAUCGAUGUCGCUGUGUCAUGGCUCUGCGAGGAAUGGUACAAUGACAAAAUGCAGGCUCGAUUGGGCGGGGAUUACCCCAGAAACUACGAGAAAAACACACUACGACUGAUAAACGGCUUUCUUCCCUACCUGCACCCACAAGACAAGGUUUUGACCAGGUUUUUAAGCGAAAUACCCGAGUUGAAUCGCACCAUGCUGUCAAGAGUCAAAGACAUGUGUCGGGACCCUAGCGUUACGCAAUUAGCUCUGACGAGUUUGUUGUAUUUGGCUAUGAUGCGACCUCCUGUGAAAGAACUGGCUCUCGACACCGUUCAGGACAUCUGGACAGAAUUUGAGGAUGCCAGGCCAAUGGCAAGCAAGUAUCUGUCCAAGUAUCGGCCUGGAUUCGUGGAAGCUGCCGAGGCCAAGGCGAACAGAGACAGCGCUUGUCUAGAAUCGUCAGGAACAGCCAUUGCGACAUGA